UUUUGAGCUCAAAGUUUAUGAUUUCAACUUACCUUAAACCCCAAAUUGAUACACAACUUACCAGGAACCACAAUCUAACACAGGAGAAAAUUAAAACAUCCUUUUAUUUUUUUUAUUUUUAUUUUUAUUUUAAGGAAACCCAUCAAAGGGAAAAAUAUGGAAGUGAGCUAAAUUAUGAGCGACUUUAUUCCCAAUACGUUUGGCGAUAUCUUACUUCGUAAUACAUGUCAAUAUUAUUGCAUCCAUAACCUACGAACAAAAGAUUGAAAAAUGGAAAAUCAAUUCAAAAAAAAAUACGCCACAUUUCUAUUUAGAUACCAGUGUUGAGUGAUGACUAGGUUACUUUCUAGAUUUAGCAAGGAAAUAAUUUCCCAUUUUCCCCAUUUUUGUUUUGGCCCUUUUCCAACGAAUUACUGUGACGCCCACUAAAAAAACUGAAUUGGUAUGAUGGGCUACGGAGAGUGGAGAGCAUCACUCCGGAGGCAACAGCUGAAUUAGUAAUGUCUAUGCGCUGCUUCCCAUUCCCAACUACAAGUGUUCCAACCACUUUCUCUCUCCUCAAACACUUCACUUCUUCAUUCCCCUUCCCCAUUUCCAAACCUCCUCUUCUCCAUCUCUCUCCUCGCCUCUUUCUCUCAUCCAUGUCUUCCCGCCCUAAUUACCAAGGCGGCCGUCGCGGCGGUGGUGGAGGAGGUGGACGUAAUCGCGGAGGUGGAAAUCGUGGCGGAGGUAGCGGCGGAAGAGGUGGACGUGGAGGCGGUGGCGGAGGUGGAGAGCAGCGCUGGUGGGACCCGGUGUGGCGAGCUCAGCGCCUCGCGCAGAAAGCAGCAGAGUACGAAGUGUUGGAUGAGAACGAGUGGUGGAAUAAAAUGGAGGGAUUUUAUAAAGGAGGGGAUCAGGAGUUGAUAAUCAAGCAUCUUUUUAGGCGGGAAGAUCAACAAAUUCUCUUCGACAUGGCCCAACAGCUUGGGCUUCACUUCCAUGCAUAUAACAAAGGAAAGACACUUGUUGCAAGCAAAGUCCCCUUACCAAAUUAUCGUGCAGAUCUAGAUGAACGUCAUGGAUCCACACAGAAGGAGAUACGGAUGUCUACAGACAUUGAGAGACGGGUUGGUUCAUUGUUGGAUACCUCUAAGGGCACAAGUUCUACUGAAAAUUCAAUUGGUGAAUCGUCCCAAAGUUCAAAGAAUUCAUCGUCAACAAUAAGCUCUGUGAAGCCAGUCCCUAUUUUAGAGAGUCAUGUUGCAAAAGAGAAAAUUAGUGCUGAACUCAAGCAUCAGGAGGAGAAGUUGAAGGCAAGUGCAAGUGUGCAAGCCAUGCAGUCAUUCAGAGCAAAGCUCCCUGCUUUUAAUGUGAGAUCUAAAUUCCUAGAAGCCGUUGCUAAGAAUCAGGUCCUUGUCGUGUCAGGGGAGACUGGUUGUGGUAAAACAACCCAGCUCCCACAAUUCAUUUUGGAAGAGGAGAUUUCAUUGCUGCGUGGUGCUGACUGCAGCAUAAUAUGUACCCAACCACGUCGUAUAUCAGCUAUAUCUGUUGCUGCUCGAAUAUCAUCUGAAAGAGGAGAAAAUCUUGGUGAAACUGUUGGCUAUCAAAUACGCCUGGAGACAAAACGUUCUGCACGGACACGGCUACUGUUCUGCACGACAGGAGUUUUACUUAGACGAUUGGUUCAGGAUCCAAAUUUAACUGGUGUAAGCCAUCUACUAGUGGACGAAAUUCAUGAAAGAGGAAUGUAUGAGGACUUCCUUCUUAUUAUACUAAAGGAUCUUCUUCCUCGUCGUCCAGAUUUACGACUUAUUCUUAUGAGUGCUACUAUUAACGCUGAGUUGUUUUCCCAAUAUUUUGGGAAUGCCCCCUCUAUUCACAUUCCGGGGUUGACUUUUCCAGUUGCAGAGUUCUUUUUGGAAGAUGUGUUGGAGAAAACCCGAUAUAGUAUCAAACAAGAGUCUGAUAGUUUCCAGGGUAGUUCAAGGCGGCGAGUUAAACAAUUGGAUUCUAAAAAGGAUCCUGUAACUGAAUUAUUUGAGGAUGUCGACAUCGAUUCACAUUACAGGAGCUACACCAUCAAUACUAGAAAAUCUCUUGAAGCCUGGUCUUCUUUACAGCUUGAUCUGAGUCUUGUGCAAUCAACAAUCGAACACAUAUGUCGGCAUGAGGGUGAAGGGGCAAUUCUUGUAUUUCUCACUGGCUGGGAUGAAAUUUCUAAGUUACUCGACAGCAUUAAGGCGAACCAUUUUCUUGGAGACACAAGAAAGUUUCUUGUGCUCCCUUUGCAUGGUUCAAUGCCAACUGUCAAUCAACGUGAAAUUUUUGAUAAACCACCUGCAAGUACAAGGAAAAUUGUUCUAGCAACAAAUAUUGCAGAGAGUAGUAUUACUAUUGAUGAUGUAGUCUAUGUCAUUGACUGUGGAAAGGCAAAGGAGACUAGCUAUGAUGCUUUGAACAAGCUAGCUUGUUUGUUACCAUCAUGGAUCUCAAAAGCGUCAGCACAUCAGAGACGAGGUCGUGCUGGUAGAGUGCAGCCUGGAGUUUGUUAUAGGCUAUAUCCAAAACUGGUUUAUGAUGCAAUGCUUCAGUAUCAGUUACCAGAAAUUCUUCGGACACCUUUGCAAGAACUUUGUUUAAACAUAAAGAGUUUGCAACUUGGAACUGUUGGGUCAUUCUUAGCAAAAGCACUUCAGCCUCCGGAUUCUCUCUCUGUCCAAAAUGCUAUUGAACUUCUGAAGACAAUUGGGGCUUUAGAUGAAAGGGAAGACCUUACUCCUCUUGGUCGACAUCUCUGCACUCUGCCUUUGGAACCAAAUAUUGGGAAGAUGUUGCUCAUGGGGUCGGUUUUUCAAUGCCUGAAUCCAGCAUUGACAAUUGCAGCUGCUCUUGCUUAUCGUAAUCCAUUUGUUUUGCCAAUCAAUCGGAAGGAGGAAGCUGAUGCUGCAAAGAAAUCUUUUGCUGGCGAUUCUUGCAGUGACCAUAUAGCACUUUUAAAAGCAUUUGAAGGGUGGAAAGAAGCAAAAUCCAGUAGGACAGAAAAGUCAUUUUGUUGGGAGAAUUUCUUGUCACCUGUAACUAUGCAAAUGAUGGAUGAUAUGCGGAAACAAUUUGUAGAUCUACUCUCAGAUAUAGGCUUCGUGGACAAGUCAAAGGGUCCUAAUGCUUAUAACCAAUACAGCCAUGAUAUGGAGAUGGUUUGUGCGAUCCUUUGUGCUGGGCUUUAUCCCAAUGUUGUUCAAUGUAAAAGAAGAGGAAAACGAACAGCAUUUUACACUAAAGAAGUUGGGCAAGUUGACAUUCAUCCUGCUUCGGUAAAUGCUGGGGUUCAUCUUUUUCCAUUGCCGUAUAUGGUUUAUAGUGAGAAGGUGAAGACAACUAGCAUAUACAUUCGUGAUUCAACCAAUAUAUCCGAUUAUGCUCUUCUUCUGUUCGGUGGUAGUCUUCUUCCUAGUAAAUCUGGAGAAGGCAUUGAAAUGCUUGGAGGUUACCUUCACUUUUCGGCUUCAAAAAGUGUGUUGGAAUUGAUGAAGAAAUUGCGACUGGAGCUUGAUAAACUUUUGAGCAGGAAGAUUGAAGAACCAAGGCUAGACAUCACUGCCGAGGGGAAGAGUGUGGUUGCUGCUGUAGUUGAGUUGUUACACAGUUAAAACUUGAGAUACUAGAUCUUUAUUUCAGACUUGUGUAAUUCAAAGAUCGACGGUGACUCUGAACAGCUCUACAGGUAUAAGGAACAGACUUUCUUCUCCACAAUUAUUCAGUGACCAUAUAGAAUAGAAACAGAUAAUUAACUUUUGUCCAUAAACAACACUUUGUAUACUAGAUUUUGUGUGGUUAUAUAAUUCACCAGUUCUCCGCUAGCUGUUAGAUUGGACGGAGAGACAAUUGGCAUGCCUGGUCAAAAAUCAAAAUCUUAUAGAAUAACCAUAUGGAGGAAUAAGUAGUUGGUGAGCUCAAUUUUGUUUUUCUUCUUUAAUUAGCCAGAGUUCUUUCCUCCUCUUUGGUGAGCAAGAAGUUAUUGUAAAAUUGUAAUAACUAUAUUGUAGAGUCGUAGACAAAUAGUUGCUACUUUUCCUUAACUAGAUUCUUGUUUCUUA